AUGACGGACGCAGAUUUGAAAAAUGAACUGGUACUCUUGAAAAAAAAAGUUGAAGGAAUUGAGAAGCCACCUGCUGCAUUUCCUGUCCGUAUCCUGUCUCCCUCGAUAAAGGACAAGAACUUGAAAAUGAAAACGUUUGAUGAACAGAUAGAAAAGCUACCAGAACAUUGCAAGAAUUUCAGCAUUGAUUUGAAAGAGAAUUUCGAGACAGAUGAUAAGAUCACAAACCGCCUCGGAAUAAAAUUGGGAAAAUGUUUAGCUGACAUCAUAAAGGAAGAUCAGUCCAGGGAAACUACAAAGGAAGAGGAGCCUAAUGCAAGAGUAGCGAGAUCAUUAAUCGAAAGUUUGGGGGAACCACCUGUGCAUGUAAGAUUCAUCGGCAGUGAGGUUAGUUUGUGCGGAUACAUGUACAAAGAGAACGAGCAAUGGCGCGAGCUUUAUUUCUGGAAAGGAAAAGCAGAUGCAAUCGGCUGGGAUAAAAAAAAUGAGAAGUUCGUCAUUGUGGAGUGGAAGGUAAAGGAAGCCAACGAAAGUAAAGAUGUUAUGGCAUUCAAGCCGUUCCAGUUCCAGUCCUUGGUAUACGCAAAGCUUCUUAAGUUACUUCUCGAACUGAAGUACUUGCCAUCAAUCCUAAUUGUUCUUAUUGACGGUCAAAGUGGAAAGAAAGUCCACGCUGGUUUCUUCGAAGCUCCCGAUAGUCUUGGGAACGAAUACGUGUGGUCCGAUCGGAAACCCGAACUUACCAUAGAAAUUCAACCUGGGUCGCUGUUUCGCGAAGGCUUGAACGAGGGCGAAGUUAGGGAAGACAUGCCACUGAGCAAACUCUUCUCUGACAACGCCACGUUGGAAGACUUACAAAAGUUUUUUAAAACCCCACCACUGAAAGUUAUUCCUAAACACAACAAUGACUAAGAGAGAGAAAAAACUGAGUAAACAGCAGCUAUCGAGUACUGAUUUCAUUUUGAACGUUUUCGCAUCAUUGGUAAUGAUUUCUACCAAUGAUACAAAUACGGAGAAUAACUUAAUUGGUAGUCUCAUUCAGUUCUGUUCAAAAAAUCGAAACCUUCAAAUUUAGUCUCUUUUUUCCAUUUAAUUGUCAUUUCUUUUUAUCAUUUGGUGCAUACCGCGUGAUAAUAAGAACCAAAGUAUCUUAUUUCAUAACAUAUCUGAAUGCUUGAGUUUAAAAUUACUCCUUAACUAUAUCUGCAUAACCUUAUUGUCUCUAGCGGACGAAAGCCUUGUGCCUCACUCGACAUAGAGCUCUAAAUUUAGAUGCACACCUUCAUUUUAAUUUCGCUUUUUGUUCUCAAUUAGCUCCAUGAGGAGAGAGGUGUGGAAACCUCUAUAGCUUUGGAUUUUGCAAACAAUACUUUUUGCUGUCUUUUUUAUUUCCAUCUAGGAAUUUUUUUGGAGAAAAGAAUAUGGAAUUCAUUUUAAUUUUUUUUCUGCGAAUAUUAAAAAGGCUAUUUACACUAUUUUGGGUUAAGCCCUUUUGGGGAGAGUUGAUUAGACAGGUGAUCUUUUUUACAAAUAUUUGAAAAUUCCUUUAUAUCUCUUGCCUGAUUUGAACCUGGAUAGGGCAGAAAACAUUCAAUUGAUAAUUACAUUUAUACGAUGUUUGUUGAUAAGACAAAAAUUGAAGGACUUUUCAAUGUUCCUCUAAGUAAAUUAUACAUCUUGCAUCCAAAUUGAUGCAAGGUGUUUUUGAAGCAGCAUCGAGUUCAUCUUCAACAGAGUUUAAAAUAACUCGUUUGCUGUGCAUGUCCUUUUGCAAAAGAUGCUAUGAAAAAGGUGAUUUUGAUAUAAGCUGUACUCCUGUGUGGGAGAUGAGUGCAUAUCCUUUUACAAAAGAUGCUAUGAAAAAAGUGAUUUGAUAUAAGCUGUACUCCUGUGUGGGAGAUGUAUUUUAAAUCAGGUAGGUUGAGGACUUGAACAACAUCAAGUACAUCUUUGACAGUGUUUAAAAUGGCUCGAUUGUUGUACACAUCCUUUUGAAAAAAACAAUGCUGAGAAAAUGACGUUUGAUAAAUCAGUUGCUUAGUUUUUUAAUGCUGAAAUAAGCUAUACUCCUUUGUAGGAGAAGCAUUUUAAGGAUCUUAGAUGGUAGUGAGUGAGUCUUUGACAGGGUUCAAAACCACUCACUUUUCAAUUGCUUUGAUUUAUCAGCUUCGUAGCCGUAUAAGAGAAGACAUAAUGAAAAAGACAUAUAUUCCGAGUAAAUUUCAUUUAUGCUAAUGUUGUUUCACAUAUACGUGAAAGAGAAUUGUUAAACAUGAUUUGACCAGUCAAUAAAAUUAACUUACUUAUUGGUUAUACAAGAGUUCAAGGUAACUUUACGCAAUUUUUUUGUAGAUCACCCCUCCGUAAAAAGCACCGCGCUUUAUUUACGCAUGAAAGGAAGUACUCUUCCGAACAAACAUGUUUUUCGAGAACUAGAGUCUUACACAGGGUGAGAGGAUUGAAUAUUAUAUCUAUUGAACAUGUUGCCUUCCGGACCAGGGGUCUUCGAGAGGGUUUGAGCGUUGAGGAUAUGCUUUUCACCUGUGCAGCGCUGACACUUUCGAAAAUCAAUGUGCAUAUGCAGCUUAUAAUUUCUUGAAAUGCCAGACGUGACCUUAGGUUGGUCAAUAAAAUAAAAAUUUAUGACAAUUUUCUCUUCAACAGUCUAGCAAUACGAUCGGCAUUUUUUCCCAAACAUGGUCAGAAUUUUAGUUGAUUUUAAGUUUCUCAUGGCUAAGUCACAGUACUUUCAAAAUCAUUGUCCUGCAACUCGCCUUGUCUUAAGAUUUAGAAAAUAAAUUGAACGCAUCACUCGCACUUAA